AUGUGCUUAACAGUCUUUCUCGGUCCAUUUUCUGCGGAUAGAUGUAUUGAAAAGUUCAACCGUGUUACUGAUACUCAGAGAUCAUACUACAUCGCAUUAGAAAUAGUCAAGUUAUCGACCUCAUUUUGUAAUUCACUGAUAUCAUUUUCCAUUCCAAAUCCGCCAACUCCAGUUAGCGAUGCAAGGGAUAUUAUAUAUACGAGAAGAAAUGCCGAUGACAGGAAAUUCCAGAAACCAUUAGGGAGUGUGAGUCUUGAAUAUCUUUACCUACAGAGGAAUCUCAUUCAAGGUACAAUACCUUCUUCUUUGGCUUCUCUGAGAGGUCUGCAGUCUCUAGAUCUUUCAGAAAACAACUUGUCAGGAAAAAUUCCAAAAGACAUACAGAGGCUUCCAUUCUUGAUCUAUUUGAACUUCUCGUCCAAUAAUCUGGAGGGUGAGGUACCGAAAGAAGGAGUGUGAAAUACUACUGCAAUAUUAUUGGAUGAGAAUCCCAAACUUUGUGGUGGUGUUUCAGAAUUGCAACUACCACCAUGUCCCAUCAAAGUCCCAAAGCAGAGGAAGUUGCAUGGUUUCAAACUAAAGUUAACAAUUUCUUUAGUUGCUGGAUGCUGUCUUCUGUUUGCAGUCAUCUUUGCACUUUAUUGGAGGAGUAAAACUCAAAAAAAGAAACCAGUAUCUAAAGUGGCAUCAAUCAACUUCCUUUCAAUAGUUUCAUACCAGACACUUCAUCAAGCUACUGGUGGAUUCUCUCCAAGUAAUCAAAUUGGAUCAGGUGGUUUUAGCUCUGUAUACAAAGGGAUUCUCAAUCAAGAGGAAAACAGCAUUGUUGCCAUAAAAGUACUCACACUUCAACAGAAAGGAGCUUCCAAGAGUUUCACGGCAGAAUGCAAUGCACUGAGAAAUAUCCGGCACAGAAAUCUUGUGAAGAUCAUAACAUGUUGCUCCGGCACAGAUAACAAUGGUAAUGACUUCAAAGCCCUAGUAUUUGAGUACAUGUCAAAUGGAAGUUUAGAGGAGUGGUUGCAUAGAGGUAAUCAGUCUAUGAGUUUGACCCUACUUCAGAGACUGAAUGUUGCUAUUGAUGUGGCUUCUGCACUGUGUUAUCUCCAUGAUCAUUGUGAACCACAAAUCAUUCACCGGGACUUGAAGCCGAGCAAUGUUCUUCUUGACGAUGACAUGGUUGCUCGUGUCAGUGAUUUUGGGUUGGCAAGACUCAUAUCACCGACCGCCGACUGUUCUGGAAAUCAAUGUAGCACAGCUGGGAUAAAGGGAACGGUUGGUUAUGCUGCUCCAGAGUAUGUAGUUGGUAUUGAGCCAUCAAGAGAAGGGGAUGUAUAUAGUUAUGGCGUCCUUGUGUUGCAAUUGUUCACGGGAAGAAGACCCACUGAUGAAAUGUUUGUAGACGGUUGCAAUAUUCAUAAUUUUGUUGAGAUGGCCAUACCAGGAAGAUUAAUGCAGAUUGUGGAUCUUGCACUUCUUGCCAGCUUAGAAGUAACCACACCUGCAAGAGCACAGAAUGAAGUGAAUUACAAAAACGAUGAAAUUGAAGCAGCUGAAGAAAACAUUGACAAUGAGAAUUUGAGCAAGAUGAACACUUAUGUGUGGAAGUGCAUACUCCCAACCCUUAAGAUUGGACUUGCCUACUCGGAAGAAUCACCGAGGAAUAGGAUGUCUAUGGAGGAGGUCCUUACAAUAGUAUUGACAUCCGUCGACAGAGGCCUAGAAGCUAAACAAGAGGACUCAGUAUGGCAUCAGAAGCAAGGUGCCAAUAUUAUGUGA